UGCCCCGCUCCGCCCCGCCCCGCCGCCGCUUCCUCGUGUGCCCGCAGGCUCCGGCGGGGCGGGCGGACCCCGCGGAGGGUCCGGAGGAGCCGGCCCCGCCGCGGGGAGGCCGGGGGACGGCGGAGCAGGGCCGGGCGGAGGUUCAUCUGGCCAGUUCCUCAUGACGGAGAAAUCCUGGUUCUGAGAUGAGCGCCUGAGCAGCAAAGAGCCAUCGCGUGUGCGGUACGUGAAGUGUGAGCAGGGCAUCACCUUCAAUCCAAGAGCUGUAAUAUGCUUUUGCCAUCCAUCCUGCUUCAGUCCAUCAUCUGGGCCACCAGCUGAGGAGAUGGCACAGAGUGCCGACCUCCAGCCAAGCUUUGAGGACGUUUUUAAUAUUCUAUCCCAGAUCCCACAAGACAAACUCCUUAGCCUCAAAUAUAAACUGAAGCACUUGAUAUUUGGGCCCAGCAGCAAAUUACUGCAAGCCAUGAUCCUGCUCACUCUGGGGCGAGAAGGGGAUGCAAGAAUCUGUUUGGAUGCCUUGGGAGAUAACCGGGCAGCCCAGUAUGUCCACCAGACCAAACUGGGUGCUGCAGGAGUGCAGGAGGACGGGGAGGAUUUGCAGCCCCUCCAGCUGGAUGUGGGUGCCAUGGCACUGCUGGCACAGAUCUACUCCCUCUUGGCAGAGGAAAAACUGUGCAGUCAUGAAGCCAUGGACAAAGCCUGCCAGGCUGCCACCAAAGCCAGCAACGCCAGCAAGGAAACUCAGGGGGACACGCUCAACAGCAUCCCACCCGAGGAGCAGGAAAAACAUGGCUCUGCUGUCAACGUUGGCCCAGGUGGCAAAUUUCAGACCCUGAGAUCUGAUGUAGGCAUAGGAUUUCUCCAGAUGCCCAGCCCAAACUACAUGGUGAGAAGUUCCCCAAUGCAGACUGGAGGCAACUCAGACCUUUUGGGCCCGCAGACCUUGCACUCCCUGGGGAGUCCCUCUUUACCCAGUCGCUUUGAGAUCAGCGCAUCGCCAACAGUUGUUUUUCACACCCAGCCUUCUUCCCCCGAGCGCCUCCUCCAGCCCAGCCAGCUGUGCGAAGGGAGCACCAGCGGUGUUGGACACCCUGACGGGGACCGAGAGCACCACGGCCUGGAGGAAACAAGCUGGGCCAGCAGAACCAACUCUCCUCCCGGGCAGGACGCAGGUGCCCAAGCUCCCCAGCCGGAGAAGGUUCUGCAGGCCAGGUCAUCCCAUCCAACUCUCCCUAUUCCUGAAACGCAGCUGCCCACCCUGGGUGCUGCAAACCAACCUGUCGAAAGUAGUGAUGUUUCCAGCACUGUGGCAGCAGAACCUCAUGCACCAAAAGAAAGCACAGACAAAAAGCAAGACGAAAAGCAAUUAUCUACAGGUCUUCCUGACUUAAGAGCUACAGUGGAUACUGAGCCUGCCUGUACAGCCAGGAAGGACUCCUAUGUUCCAGCAGGCAUUUCUUUUAACUCUGCAUCUCCUUCCACUUCAGUCUGUUCCCUUCCUCCUACCUAUUCCUUCUCCUCAACCCUUCCUCCUCCUCUUCCAGGAGCUGCUUUCAGCUUAUCAUAUCCCACUCCCCUCCGCUCAUCCCCCUCUCCAGCCCGGCCUCCUCCUCUCCAAACUGUAGAAGCAGGGCUCAUAUCAGAGCCAGAUGGUGGAGAGAGAAAGUUCUUCACUUUUGUUGUCCUGCACGCUAGUGAAGAUGAGAUUGUUGCCCAUCGGGUCAAGAAACUGCUGGAGAAUAUGGGGGUUCCCAACGGUGCCACGCUCUCUGAGGACUUCUUCAUUGCUGGACGCAGCCAUCUGACUUGCUUCCAGGAUGCUAUGGAAAACUCUGCUUUCAUCAUCCUUCUGCUGACCAAGAACUUCCCAUGCGACCUGUGUAUGUUUCAGACAAACACUGCUCUGAUGGAGUCCAUCCUGAAACCAUCCAAGCGCGACUCAGUCAUCCCUUUUGUACCCAAGGAGAACCCCUUGGAGCGGAGCCAGCUUCCCAGCACGCUUGGUGGGCUCAUGCCCUUGGAUGAGAACUCUCCUGGGUUCUCCAAGACAGUGCAGAACACCUUUACCACCAUCAGGAUCAGUAAGAGGAAAGCCAUGUGGGACCAGAUGCAGAGAAGGAAACUACAGCAGUACCAGGAGCAGUAUCAAACGCUGCAGAAUUUAGCUGCUCUGAACCUUGGCUCUAUUCUGCAGGCACCUCCAUCAGCGAGGCAGCAGCUAUUGGAGCAAUCACCCCAACAGUGGUGCCCCCCCACUUCAGCUGUCCCUCCUGCCACAUGCGCUCCUCCCCACACUGGUCACCCCGUGCCUGCUCAGAUGGGUCCCCCUCCUUUCCAACCCCCUCAUCUCCCAUCGGGCCACUACAACGUGAUGCCAGGUCUGGAAGGUGUCCCGCACCUCAUCAUUCAACACGCUCGAAUGGUUCAGAUUGGGAACCACAACACGAUGCAGGUAGAAACUGUCACGCCAGGCCCACAGGAUAGCGAGGACGAAACCAGGUAGAAAGCUUGACCAGAGAUGCAGCAGGUCAGCCAAGGCCAGAUACUCCCACUUAGUUUCAAACCCUAAAUUACAGUGAUUCUGCUGGGACUGGGACUAUUCUUAUUUCACUGCGGGUAAAAGGUGCUGCUUUCUUGAAGAACAGGAGAAAAUUACCUCUUUUGUUGGACAAAAUAGGUUGCAAUCUCCUGAAACUGUUUUCCUCAUGCUUUAUUUUCAAAUAACUGAGAAAACUUUUUUCUUGAUCUUCUGAGGCUAC